CCCAGUGGCUGCUCGGUGGUGGGUGAGGGAUCAGCUUUCUCUACUAGUUCCCACCCUAGGACUUCUUAGCCCCUGGAGUGCGACAGAGAGAGGCUCAGGGAGUUACCGGAGUGGGGCGUAGAGGGAGCUACUGGUGGGGACCUUUCUAGGGGCUUCCCCUUCGUGGGGUGCUAUGGAGUUCCCAGAGCACAGCCAGCAGCUGCUGCAGAGCCUCCGAGAGCAGCGGUCCCAGGGUUUCCUUUGUGACUGCACCGUGAUGGUGGGUAGCACCCAGUUCUUGGCCCAUCGGGCUGUGCUGGCCUCCUGCAGCCCAUUCUUCCAGCUUUUCUACAAAGAGCGAGAACUGGACAAGAGGGAUCUGGUGUGUAUCCACAAUGAGAUUGUCACGGCCCCAGCCUUUGGGUUGCUUCUGGACUUUAUGUAUGCUGGCCAGCUGGUCCUGAGAGGGGAUACCCCCGUGGAAGACGUACUGGCAGCUGCCAGCUACUUGCACAUGAAUGACAUCGUCAAGGUGUGUAAGCGGCGGCUGCAAGCCCGGGCCCUGGCAGAGGCGGACAGUACCAAGAAGGAGGAGGAAAGCAGCUCACAGCCCCCUAGUUUGGAGUUUUUGUCCAGCACUUCCCGUGGUCCCCAGCCUGCCUUGGCAUCUGCUGAGACAUCAGGCCAUUGGGCCAAAGGGGAAUGGAAAGGCCCUGCGGCUCCCUCACCUACUGUGUGUCUUCCAGAUGAGCCCCCAAUGCCCGGUGGGGCUGACACUACACAGCCUGGCGUGGAGGUUGACUCACCGAAUCUACGGGCACCUCCUCCACCCCUGGCUGAUGUCUCUCUUGCCAGUCCCAGUAGCUCCACAGAGACAGUUCCUGCAAACUACUUCUCUUCUGGCCUCCCAACAGUUUCAGUGGAGCCACUGGCUCCCCUUGAUGUGGGUUCUGACAGUCUGAGGGUGGUAGAACCAAGGGGUACUGGAGGACCAUUACAAGGUUUCUAUCCCCCAGCUUCAGCUGCAGCACAAGUCCCAGCCCCAGUUCCGUCCCAGGCUCCCACCGCAGCAGAAGCUGAGCUGGUCCAGGUGAAAGUGGAAGCUAUUGUGAUUUCCGAUGAGGAGCCUGACGUGUCAGAGGAACAGUCUCAGGGUCCUGAGGGACUGUUCUCACCUGGAGGAGCAAUGUAUGGUGGACAGCCCCCCCAGCCAGAGGCUUUUGAGGAGCCCAGGGUAGCAGGACUGGAGGAGGUGGGGCCAAGUGACCACUUCCUGCCCCCAGAUCCUCCCCUCCCCUACCAUUUGUUGCCAGGUCCAGGGCAAUAUCAUCGAGGACUGGUGAACUCGCCCCUGCCUGCUCCUCCAGCCCUGCAUGAGCCACUUUACCUGCCUUCUGAGUAUGAAGCAGCCCCAGGAAGCUUUGGGGUUUUUACUGAGGAUGUUCCUACUUGCAAGACAUGUGGAAAGACCUUCUCAUGCUCUUACACACUACGGCGACACGCCACAGUGCACACACGUGAGCGACCUUACGAGUGUCGCUACUGCCUGCGCAGCUACACGCAGUCAGGGGACCUAUACCGUCACAUCCGCAAGGCUCACAAUGAGGAUCUGGCCAAACGCAGCAAACCAGAUCCAGAGGCUGGCCCCCUCCUAGGACUACAGCCCCUCCCUGGCUCCCCUACGGCAGACAGACAGAACAACUGUGGUGGAGGACCACCCAAAGAUUUUGUACUUGGCCCCAAAAACUAACAUCUGGGGAGCAUGAGCUGAUGCUAGGCCUGUUCCUUGCCAUUGUUGGGGCAGCACAAAAGGUUGGAAGCAUCUUAUUUCCCCUGCUGGGUGACAGAAUGAAGAUUCUCACCACGCUGAAGCUUCCUCUCAUCCUUUUCUUUACCCAGCCAGAUAGCAGGACCUUAUGGAUCUCAGUCAGCACGAAGGGCACUGGGAAUUUUCCUGGGGUGUAAUCGCUUAUCUGCAUUCUGGACCAUAAAGCUAGCAGUGAAAGUAUCUCAUUGAACUGACGUUGGCUGGUUUCUUCCACAAACCUCUGAAUCCUGACUCUCUCCCUCCUGAUCUUUUAGGAAACCGAUAUCUGUACUUGGGUUAGGGGUGGGGGUCAGAUUGCUUAUGAGGCAAGAAGUGAGAUAGGCAGAGGGCAAUGUAGACUUUACUUAGGAAGAGUAUACAAAUUAGGGAAUCUUACAAAAUUAUGGUUUAUUGUUGUAGUUGAGUUCCUGUGUACUGGGCUGUAUUAGGGACUUCAUAUACUCAUUUACUCCUCAACAACUUGAUGAGGUGUUAGCUCCCGCACCUUUCCCACCGACAAGGAAACUUGACACUCAAAAAUCAAAGUUAACUUGUUCAAGGUCACAGACCUAGUGAAGGGGCAAGCCAGAAUUUGAACCAUGGCUUGUGAUUUAAAACACUCCCCAUACUGGUUUAAAACAUUGUUGAAGAUAGUUAACUAGAACUGUGAGUUGUUUUCUUUGGUGGCCUCUUGAGUGUUUGGCUUUGCUCCCUUACCCCUUACCUCUGCUUUCCAUGUAAAAAGACCUUUGGUUGGCUGUUUCAAAAACAUAUGCUGUAUCAAUAACUUGAAAUGUUUGCCUACAUGUCAUAAAUAUGAAGUGAGGUCUCUGCAGAUGAGAAACUAAAAAGCAGAAAAUACUAAGCUCCAUGGUGGUAGGUCUGCAGGGGGAGGUUGAGGGCCUGUGGUAUGGAAAUGAUGGGUGCUUAGGGAAACUAAAGCAAGAAAGUCCAGAUGAGAGAAGCUCAUCUAGUCCAACUCCCUCACUUAAUAACUGUGAUGACAACCUAGAGAGGUCAAAUUACUCAUCUACUGUCACACAGGUGGUGACUGACAGUAGAUAGCAGAGAAAUGGGAGUUUGGGGUGUUGCUGUGGGGUGGGGAGGAAAGAGUCCUAGGAAUGUAAGAGAAGGGUCUGUCCUAGUCUGUGGUGAAGAGUGCUGCUGUAGGAUGGACUGGAGGGCUCCCUACAAACCCUUCUCUCCAGCACAUAAGGAACUGAGUGCAGAAAAAGCAGGAAGGAAAAUUUAGAAAAAGGUAAAAAAUACAAGUAAAUUUUCUGAAUUUUUUGGGGGGGAUUUGUCUGUCAUAAUCAGUACUGUUAACUCUUACUAACAAGUUACAUUUUUUGAGUUAUAGGAAGGAGACAGAGCUGAGUGUUGACGAUUUGGCCAAAGAAAGCUCCUUAUCUGGGGCAUUAUGGGAAGCAAAAGUUGAUGCUUAACAUGUUCAUGGCUGGAAGAGUGACUUCUACACCUUUCACUUUCCUUGUGUUGGAAUAACCUUUGAGUUUAUCUUUCAAAUGGCUAAUUUUAUUUAUGCCAAUACAUUACUACCUUAACUCCUUGGUGAAACAAAGCAAGACAUACAUAUGUACAAUUAGAGCUAUUCUAGUUGAGUGGAGCACCUUUUCCAAAAUCUUUCCUACAGUAAAUCAAAAUGCCUAAAAACAAUCAGUUGCCUUUAAGAGGGUGAAUUUUAUGGUAUGUAGAACAUUAUAUGUAUGUGUGUAUAUAUAUGUAUGUAUGUAUAUAUACACACAUAUAGUGAGGGGGGGAAAAUUGGUUGCCUUAGAACAUUAGUUCCUAAAAGCAAGGCAUGAUCAAUAUCUGUGUCUACAUGUACAUAUAGUGUAAAUAAUUUCUCUGGACAGUCUGGAGAACACAGUUACCAUGGUUACUGUCUCAGCCACCCUUAAUACCUAAGAAGUAUCUGUAACUUGGUGAAAUUCUGCUAAAUAGCAAGCAUUUGCUUUCAGUUCCCAGCAUGAGAUGCAUUUUUUUAUUGACGUAUAGUUGACACACAAUAAAUUAGUUUUAGAUGUGAGAUGCAUUCUUCUUUGGAGGUGGCAGGUAGGAAUUUUCAAGAUGUUUAAAGCAGCAGCCAACACAAUUAAGGCCACAGUUGCCUCACUUUCUAUCUGCUGGACACUAGGAACACUUUAUGCCAGUCUGUAGAGGUAUGAUCAAUAUUUUCUUUAGUUUCCACUGCUCUUGAUGGUCCCAACCAUGGAUUCAAGGAAGGCCAGGUCAGCUCAUCCAACCUUUAGUCCAACACUGGACCCUUCUUUUGCCAGUUAAACCUCUGAGAGAACUCAGUCUCCAAUGGAAACCUACUCUAUUGUUGGACAGAUCUAAUAGUUGGAUAAUGCUUCCUUCUACUGAGCCAAAAUCGGCCUCCUUUUAUGCGGAUGGGCCGGGCCCCAGCUUCUUAAGAGUUUCACCCUGAGAAGUUAUUUGCUUUUGAGUUAUAAGCUUCAUUUCCAAACAACUACCCUUUGCUCUCCAGCUUUAAAGAUGUUAUUUCUAAUUUAGGAUUUCAUUUCUUUUCCUAAUUGGCUAUUUUGUAAGUGUGCCUUUACUUGGUGUCUAAUGCCUCUUCAAUCACCAGACAUUUGGCCAAGCUCAGCUUCACAAAACUCACCAGUUCAGCCUAUCACAUUGGCUUUUUUUCACACUGGUUUUGAUUUUAAUUUGUCCAAAGCCAGUGUUUCCAAAGAUGGUUUACUUGGACAUAUACUUUUUUAUUGUAAAAUCUAUUUUUAUUCAUUUUUUUUUUGCAAAUAUGAUGUGCUCCAAAGUCCCCUCCCCAAUUUUAUCAGUAAACAAUUUUGGCAUUCAGCUGUAAAUCUUGAAAAAAAAAUAAAUUAUCACACUCAACAAAAUUGACAGUAAUUCUUCUUGUUCAAAUUUCCCUAAUUGUCUCAUAAACUUUUGUUUUUUCAAAUCAGAAUCCAAAUCCCAAGGGUUUUAGGAGCUCUGUGCCAAAAACUGGGAAGCGACCAAUAUAUAUAUAUUUUUUAUUUCAGUCUCAUAAACUUUUAGUAUUUUUCAAAUCAGAAGUAGUGUCACGUUUACUUGGCUGAUGUGUUUCUUAAGCCUCUUUUAAUCUAUAGGUUACCCUCUCUUACUUUGCAAUUUGUUUAUUGAAGAAAUUUGAUUCCUCGUCCCAUGGUUUCAGAGUCUGGAGUUUGCUGUUUACAUUCCCAUAGUGUCAUUUAACAUGUUCCUCUGUCCAAAGGUUUCUUUAAAAUUAUAUGUUUAGAUAAAAUAUUAACUAAAUAGCAGUAUGUGGUUUUGGCAAAAUUGUAAAGGGGGUGGGGAGGAGUUUGGAAAAUACUGUUUUGAACUGUCCCUUAAAGUAUGUGCCAAAGUAUGAACCUUCACAUCCACUAUGAAGGCUUUCUUUUCAAGCAAACCCUUAAAUCCUGUGGAAACCUUUAAGAUUGGUAAGGUGAGCAGCCUCCGGACCUCGACAAACUUCGGAGUAUUAGAGAUUUUGGUACCUUCUGGCUGAUUCCUUCAGGAUGUGGGCUUGCCAGACCUCCUCCAGACCCAGUCAGACAGCCUAACUUU